AUGUUUUUAGGUGGAAGUAGAGCAGCAUUUCGCGGUUUAAGCCGCAGUAGAAGUAUGUUGACGAUUUUGACAAUUCUGGUGGGAUUUCUGGCCUUGAUGCUAGCAGGUGUACUAACAGAGUCCACAACAGUACACGAAUGGCAUUCGUUCUCUUUGGGAGCUCGGAGCUUCUUCUCCGGCCUUGGAGGAGGCGGUGCGUCGUCUUCGCAACACAGCAGUGAUGGCGGAUCAUCAUCAUCAUCUGGGUUUAGCUACAAUUAUGCCAUUGCGUUUCAGGCGAAAGACCGUGUGGACGGAGUCUACGCUGGUCUGAGCCAACUGGAUUCACCCACCGGUGAGGAUAAUUAUUUUGUAAGUGUCAGAAAUAGCCAUGACGUUUUUGCAGGCGUUGCAGACGGUGUCGGCGGAUGGGUCGAACACGGGUUUGACUCCAGUGCAAUUAGUCGCGAGCUGUGUAGUUCCAUGCUGGACCUCUCGACAAAUCUCACAAAGAAGCCUUUGUCGCCCAAGCAGUUGUUGGAUCUGGCAUACACCAAGAUCAAAAAUGACGGUAAAGUUCAGGUUGGAGGGACAACUGCAAUCGUGGCACAUUUUACCCCCAAUGGCACGCUUAAAUUGGCCAAUCUUGGUGAUUCAUGGUGCGGUGUGUUCCGGAACGCGAAACUGGUAUUCCAAACCAAGUUUCAAACGGUGGGCUUCAACGCUCCAUACCAGCUGGCCAUCAUUCCGCAAGAUAUAGUUAGAAAAGCGGCCCAAAAGGGUGGUUCUUACAUCCAAAAUCAACCCAAAGACGCCGACGAAUACAAUUUUAAAUUGCAGAAAGACGAUAUUAUAGUUUUGGCUACUGACGGCGUCACCGAUAAUAUAGCUACUGGAGAUAUGGAGUUAUUUCUGAGCAACAACGCCGAAAGCGGGGGCCUGCAAGAACUAACACAGAAGUUUGUUACUCAAGUGGUGAAGCUAAGCAAGGACCCCACAUUUCCAAGCGUUUUCUCUCAGGAAAUGUCCAAAUUAUACGGUCGUCCUUACCUCGGAGGAAAAGAAGACGAUAUCACCGUAGUUGUUAUAAAAGCAACCUAA